UUUAACGGAUCUAUUAGAUAUUGCGAAUUAGGGAGGAACGAGUGUCUUUUUAUGUAUAUUUUGAUUUAUACUGCCGCGCGGGAUACAGAGUUGAAAGAGUGCAGCUGGUUGGCUGUGGAAUGAGCGCAUAUACGCGGUUAGUUACGUUUUGCAGAUCGGACUUGCAAUCAAGAUGGAAAAGAAGAGCGAUGGAGACGGACGGAGUCAGCUGAGUCGGCGGGAGGGCGAGUUGGAGAGUGAUCGAGAGUGGCAGGAGAUGAGUCAGUCUCAGGAGAAGGAGGCCAACAUUUUCGUGGCGGUAAGGAUUCGGCCGUUUUCGGAGAGCGAGAGCAGGGAGAAUGGGUCGGGCGUGAUAGUCAAGUGCGUGGAUGAGCGAGUGGUGGUGUUUGAUCCGUCGGACAGUCGUUCGGUGAAUCCGGCGAGGACGUUUCAGGGGACGCGCCGCGGGAAGGACAUCAUGUUCAGCUUCGAUCGAGUGUUUGAUUCUUUUAGUUCUCAGUACGAGGUGUUUGAGAGGACGACCAAGCCGUUGGUGGCGAGCGUGUUGGAUGGGUACAAUUGUUGUUGUUUCGCGUACGGCGCUACGGGUGCCGGCAAGACCUACACGAUGGUGGGGAGUGCGGAGAGUCCUGGCGUGAUGGUGUUGACGCUGCACGAGAUUUUUUCGGCGAUGAAGGCGUCGGAGAAGUUGUACGAUAUAUCGUUGAGUUAUUUGGAGAUAUACAACGAGACGAUACGCGAUUUGCUGGUGAGCGAGUCGAGGCCCUUGUCGUUGAGGGAGUCCAGCGACGCGUCCAUUGCGGUGGUGGGCUUGUCGAAGUACAAGCCGAGUUCGGCGGAGGAGGUGAUGGAGUUGUUGGAGCAGGGGAACGCGAGGCGCACGCAGUGCUUCACGCACGCGAAUUCGCAGUCGUCCAGGUCGCACGCGGUGUUGCAAAUAACGAUAAGGAGAGAGAACGCGAUAUCUGGGGUGAACGCGGAGGUGAGAGUGGGCAAGUUUUCGUUGGUGGAUUUGGCAGGUUCUGAGCGAGCGUGCAAGACGAAAAAUCAGGGUCGCCAGUUGUUGGAGGGCGCGAACAUCAACCGUUCGUUGUUGGCGUUGGGGAAUUGCAUUAACGCGUUGGGGGAGCGCUACAGAGAGGGGGGGUACGUGCCGUACCGAGACAGCAAGUUGACGCGGUUGCUCAAGGAUUCGUUGUCGGGUAAUUGCAAGACCGUGAUGAUUUCGAACGUGUCGGCCUCGUCGCUGUGCUACGAGGACACGUUCAACACGUUGCAGUACGCCAAUCGCGCGAAGAACAUCAAGACCAAGAUACGCACGAACGAGUUGAACACGGUGCUUCACGUGUCUCAGUACAGAGACACGAUAAACAGGUUGACCGAGAGGAACGCGGAGCUUGAGAGGGAGCUCGAGAGUUGUCGCCGGUCCUUGUCGGCGCUGAGGGCCGACAGCGCGAGGCGCGACGCCGCGGAGUUGGCGAGUGGGGGAGAGGAGUUGACAGAAUACGGCCCGCCGCCUUGCAGGAGCGCGGUGGUGGGAUUGGAGUGCAGGGAAUCCGCUUUUGGCGUGGAGUCGAAGGUGGACGGACUGCUGCAAGAGUUGUUUCAGAUGAACCGCACAUUGGCGUCGUUGGAGGAGCAGGAUUUAUCAGAGGGGCGUUCUUAUGGCGAAAAACUCGAUCUGAUCGAGCAAUACCAGUUCGAUUCGGACAAUCGUUCGUCGGCUAUACAGCGACUCAAGUCGGACACCAAGUUCCUUUUGAGGCGCAUUCUCGAUCGUGGGCGCGUGAUUGACGCGCUGGCGUCCAGGUUGACUCGGGCGUCUGAGGUCGCGUCUCGGGCGCGACUUCAGCUGCCGUCCGUUUCGUCUGAGGCGCUGCGCGCGUCGAUUGCGCAGAAGCUCGAGUUGCACGCGUCGCGCCUCCUCGCAUUUGGUUACAGACUCCAGUGUUUCAAGCUGCGCCGCUGCUCGGAGCGAUACAUCCACGCUCACCGAGUCAGCAAGCGGCUGUUCGAGGCCUACCGCGCCGCGAGUCCCGCAGCCGCCUCCUUGAGGGCAGCGGUCCCCGAGGCCAAGAAGUCGUCCGCGAAGUCCGUCGUGCCGAUUUGCGAGUCGUGGCAGCGCGUGGACAAAGACUUGUCCCUGCUGGACUUUGCGUUGCCCCCGGCGAAUUCCGCGAAUUCCGCGAAUUCCGGCGGCGCCUCUGCCGCCUGUCGCGUUUCCUUCGCCAGGCGCGCGGACGCGGCCAACGCCGCGCAUCCCAGGCCGCCCCAGACCGCGCGUCCCACGGCGUCCGCCGCCAAGAAGUCGCCCCCUUCGUUUCUUCGGCCGCGCGCGCCCCUCGCCCACUCGUCGAACAACACCCCGCGCGAGUCGCUCCUCGCCCUCAAGAAGCGGUUUCAGGACCAAAAGUCCCACCGGUCGGAGCUGAAGAGGCGCAAGCACCAGCACCACGAAGCCUCCGCGCCGCAAAUGCCCCCGCCGCUCUGCAGCAACGCCGUCGUCUCCUAGACGCGCGCACGCGCGCCUGCUGCGGCUUCUCCUCUCACCGCACACUGUUUCUAAAAAAAAAAAAAACUAUGUAUGGCAUGUAUGUAUGUAUAUAUUUCCCAUGCGAGACACUCGCUUGGGAGGCGCGUCCGCGUCGCGUCUGUUUU